UCUGUAAAGUGUCCAUCCGCUGAGAGUAUACUGACGUGUACAGCAACAAUUUCACUUGAUUUUAUGUCUUUAUUUUCUGACCUAGUCUGCGCAUUGGGUAAAAAUGUUCAGCUAAAGUGCUGAUACGGUUGGAAGUGGGUUUUUUGACCAUGAUGGAUGGCUAUAUAAAGAGAAAGUUAUAAAAAUUCAGGCCUCGAGCAGAAUGCAGCGAGGGGAAGGUGGACAAUGGCAGGAGGGAGGUGGGGCAUCAAUGCCUGCAUCAGUGUCCACCUCUACUACACAGGCAGCAACUGUGGUAGGCCAGUUGCGUGUUGCUGGGAGACUAGCUGCAUCUGCUGCAAAUGGCCAUACCCCUACCGCUGUUGGAGUGCUAGGAGCUGGCCAGCAACCUGCAGUCACCAGUCCUGCAUUUACCCUUUCAUCUCAGACCACAGCACCUAGGCAAGCAUCCUCACAAGCUGUUGUGGUAUCAUCACAGGCUGUUUCACGCCUACUUUCUCCUUCUCUUUCUUCCAACACAGUGCAGCUUCCCACCUUCAAUGUUUUACAACGUCAGCUUAGUGCCCCCGGUGUAGUGGGAUUAAGUGCCCAAGAGCUGCAGCAGGUGCUACAGCAGGCUUCUCGACAACCAAUUGCAUUGCUGACUGCAGAUUCUGCCACUCCUACUGCAUCCACAGAUCAACGCCCAUGCCUGACUCGUCCGCUUUCUUACCCUCUCUCUUCUGCCUCCUCGCAGGCAGUCUCCACCUCUAGCAGUGUGUCUGCCACCGGGGGAACCAUCCAUCACCAUGGUCAGAACCCAGUGCGGGGUAGUGUGCCUUCAGUGGCUUCCACCCUGUCACAUUCCAAUCUACAGCACAGCUUGCUCACCAUGAACCUUAAUCAGCAACAAGGUUUUUCCCAUGCACAGCAUCGUUCAGCUCUGACUGCAGUUACCACCACUGCAGCCUCAGGAACCUCGACUGCAGCUAUAGGUCCGUCAUCCACCAAUGUGGCUGCAGCGCAGGCACCUCGCUCGCUGUCUGAUACACAUUCCACUGGAACAAGCCAGUGUAUGUCUGUCCGACCUGUUUCAGCUCCUCCACCGAGGAAAAAACUGCGAGUGGAAGAGAAGCCUGCAUCCACUCCAGAGAUAGCCAGCCAGCGAAAGCUGUUAAUAGAUCUCAAACUGAAAGACAUGCGAGAAAUCAAAUGCAGUUACUUUGAGAACCUCACUGAGAUGUUUUUUCUUCAAAAUGGAGGGAACCUAAUGGACUACCUUGUGUGGAAAAAGCGGCCCACUCCACAACUUGUGAGUUUUUUGAAGUCUGGAAACCUUGAUAGUGAUGAUGAUGAAGAUGUGCUACAAGUGAAAGAGAUCAACUCAGAGGUGAAAGUGCUGACUAAUCCUGGAAGCAACGUGCCACUGGCAACACCAGUGGCAAUAUCUACAACACUGCCGCCCAAGGUGUCCGCUCUGUACCAGCAAGUUAAUGCACCCACAGCACAGGCAGCCAUUGCUGGAGGAGGGUCUGGAGCCAGUUCAUCAACAUCAACAACACUUCCCCAAGCCAUCACAUCCAGUUUGUUGUCCACAAGUCCAGCCAGCACAUCACAGUUACAAUUGCAGCUGUUCCGCACAUGUGACACCAAAGCUGGAAGUUUGUUGAAGGGUCCGCUAUCGCCUUCAAAGCAGCAACAGUCUCCACCACCAUCUCCAGGCCCGCAGCCUGGUGUGCGGCCACAGCCACUAUCUUUAGUUUAUGACCAGAUUUCAGGUAGCUCACAGGAGGUCAUUGUUGAGCGGGCUAAACAGGAGGCCCAAGUAAUGCAGAGAGUUGCAGAGCUGCGUAAAGAAGGGUUGUGGUCAUCGAGACGAUUACCGCGAGUUCAAGAACCUCCUCGGCAAAAGGCACACUGGGACUACUUACUAGAGGAAAUGACAUGGCUGGCGGCAGAUUUUGUUCAAGAACGCAAGUGGAAAAAGGCUGCAGCGAGAAAAUUGGCUCGCAUGGUAGCCAACUACUUCAAGGACCAGGAGCAGAAAGAAUUACGUGCUGAAAAGGAGGAAGCUGUUAAGUUAAAAAAAAUUGCCUCACACAUGGCAAAGAUGGUUCGUGAGUUUUGGACAAAUAUUGAGAAGGUGGUGCAGUACAAGCAGCAGACACGGCUUGAGGAAAAGAAGAAAAAAGCUCUAGAUCUGCAUUUAAACUUCAUUGUUGAUCAAACAGAAAAGUACUCUUCCUGGCUGACACAAGGUCUUCAAGGUGGUUCUGCUAGUGGAUCUUUGCCAUCUUCACCUUGUCACUCAAGUGACGCUGAAGAUUUUGAGCCUCACACAAACACAAGUGAUGAUGAGGAAACCAUUGAAAAAGAAGAGAAUGAAUCUGAAUUAAAUGAGGAAGAGCGACAGCAGGAGCUGGAGGACCUGCUAAAGGCUGGAGAACUGCCACUGGAGGAACUUUUUAAAACAUUACCUCAGGAGGUGCUGGAUGCCCCAGCCCCAUUACCAAGUAAUGAAAGCGAAGCUGAUGAUGAACAAGGAAGUUCUGUGGAUGACACUGAAGAAGAAGUGGAAGAGGAAAAAGGAAAAGAAAAUGGUAGUGAUGAAGAAUUUGCAGGCAAUGAAACUGAUGCUGAGGACAAUGAAGACACCAUUGCAGAGCAGGAAAAGCAUGAAAAACAUGAUUACAGUAAUGAACUUGAUGAUCUGCAAGCUGAAGGUGAGAUGUCUAUUGAAGACUUGGCUGCAAAGUAUGCAGGUGCUUAUGACAGUGAUUUUGAAAUGCCCAUGGGGAGCUCAUCGGAUGAAGACGAGGAAGAAAGUGACUCUGAUGACAUUGAAAUAGAGACAGAGUCAUCAGAGGAAGAGGCUGCUGGUGAUCAGGAGGAAAUUCAACUUGAAGGACCUGGGUUGGAAGCUCUGAUGAAACCUUCAGGAGAUCAGGGUGAAACCACAGCUGACAUCAAAGUUUGUGAAAAAGAAGGCAGGGAUGAAAUCACGGAUAUCGCUGCUCAGGCACUCAGUUUGCAGCCCAAGGGCUACACGCUUGAAACAACAGAAGUAAAGACUAAAGUACCUCCAAUUCUCAAGCACAGUUUGCGAGAGUAUCAACAUGUAGGCUUGGAUUGGCUGGCCACCAUGCAUGAUAAAAGGCUGAACGGAAUCCUGGCUGAUGAGAUGGGUCUGGGCAAAACCAUUCAGACUAUUGCCCUUCUGGCUCAUCUGGCAUGUGAAAAAGCUAUCUGGGGCCCACAUCUCAUUGUGGUACCAACAAGUGUGAUGCUUAACUGGGAAAUGGAGCUUAAGAAAUGGUGCCCAGCCUUCAAGAUACUUACUUAUUAUGGUACCCUGAAAGAACGCAAGCUUAAACGACAGGGGUGGACUAAAACUAAUGCAUUUCAUGUUUGCAUCACCUCCUACAAACUUGUGGUCCAAGAUCAUCAGGCCUUUCGACGCAAGAAGUGGAAAUACCUUAUUCUUGAUGAGGCACAGAAUAUAAAAAAUUUCAAAUCCCAGCGAUGGCAAAUGCUCCUUAACUUCCAGAGCCAACGUCGCCUUCUGCUAACGGGAACACCACUUCAAAAUAGCUUGAUGGAGUUGUGGUCUUUGAUGCACUUUCUGAUGCCUAAUGUGUUCCAGUCUCACAGAGACUUUAAGGAAUGGUUUUCUAACCCUCUCACUGGCAUGAUUGAAGGCAGCCAGGAAUAUAACGAAAGCCUUAUCAAGCGUCUUCACAAGGUGUUGCGCCCAUUUCUCUUGCGUCGCUUGAAGAAUGAGGUAGAGAAGCAGAUGCCGAAGAAGUAUGAACACGUAAUCAUGUGUCCGUUGUCAAAGCGACAGCGCUUUCUCUAUGAUGACUUUAUGUCACAAACAAAGACUAGAGAAACUCUUGCUGCUGGCCAUUACAUGAGUGUCAUCAACAUCUUGAUGCAGCUGCGCAAAGUUUGCAACCAUCCCAACCUUUUUGAUCCCCGGCCAAUCAUAUCCCCUUUUCAAAUGGAAGGCAUAAUCUUCCACACUUCCUCUCUUGCUGCUCGUGCUUUGGAGUUUGAUCCUUUCAAGCAUGUGAAUAUGAGGGUUAUGUUCCCCUGCCUGGCAGAAAUGGAGCGAGACCUGCCUGCUUUUGUUUCACAUCGUGUGAAACAGCUCUGUGUGCCAGGAAAUCUGAUAGAAGAGAUUGAUUCCCAACCUGACCCACCACCCAGACCUCGUUGUGGCCAGUUGAAAUCCACUGUCUUCCAGUCCAUCUCCUCGGCAGCUUUGCAGACCUCAGGGCGUGCAUCACCUAUCUCAUCUCUACAUCACCUUCAGCCUGGGUUGUCCAUGGAGACAGGCAAAACAUCACUGCUGACACAAAAUGCUAGCACCACACGCAUCAAGCCUGACACAAGCAAGACUACAGUUAGCAGCUGUGUUUCUGUGCUAAGUGCAAGUCCAUCUGUGAAUGCUGCAGUUGUUUCCCCAGCUUGCGUGCUCCCUACAACCUCUGUGCCACUGUCUCAGGUGCGAACUUCUGGAGGGCAGACUUUGCUGCUAAACAGCCAAGCAAGAGGUACUGCCAUAAUUCUUUCUUCUGUGGGCCAGACUUCAGCCACUCUUACUGCUGUUACUACUGCUGCCGCAGCAAGUCCAAAUGUGUCUUCUUCCCUGCAUCCCACCUUUCAAGCGAAGGUGGUACCACAACAGCUUCAUGGUGCUGCUCCUUCUGCAACCCCUCCAGCUGUUUUAACUUCUCAGCCAAUCACAGUGCAGAUUCAACAGACAGAGCAGGGCACACGGCUCAUGAUCCCAACAGGACAGCUUCCAGCUGGCCUGAUACAACUGGUGCAAACAUCUCAAGGCCAGCAAUUUAUUGCUGCUGCUACUUCUGCCAGUGCCACCUCACUGCCAAUAUCCUCUCUGCUUCCGCUGCAGACCACUUCAGUCACCACAACAGCAUCAUGCACAGUGAAUGGUCCAACAGUUCCAACCACAGUAGCUGCCACAUCGUCGGUUGUUCUAAUGACAACAACAAGUGGACAGAUUAAAACAGUUCCUGCCCAAUCCUCAUGCAUACCCUCAGCUGUAGUCUCAUCAUCUCCCCUAAGUAAGCCAGUGAUGCGAGUAUCUCCAAUGGUAGCUGCAUCAUCGUCUGUUGUCAUAAGCACAACCUCAAGUGUUACUGGAUCUCUUGUAUCAAGUUCUGUUAGCUCCAUGGCUGGUUUAGGUAAUCAGUUGUCAAGCAGGACACAUGCUUCCAGCAGUGCACCAGCCCUGGUCAAACGAUCACCUCUGUAUUUGGAGUGCAUUCAUGAGAGACGCCAACAACGUCGUGCUGAAAAACUUCGCCGUCUUGCCAAAAUAAACACCCAACAUUGUUCUGUGAUGCCGGUAUAUGGACCAGAUGUCCAGCAAGCCUUGAGAUUAACUACUGACCUUGGCAGGCAGCAGUACCGGCCUGGACACUGGGUAUAUCAGGGAAAUGCCAGCUGCCAGUGUGCUGCUGCAGAUCAUAACCGCCACCUGCCUCAGUACUAUUGGCACGAGACAACACAUUUAGCUGACAUGAUCCACACACCUGUCCAGUAUCUGGAUGAGCUGAAGGAAAUGUUGGACAGGUUUGUUUUUGUAACCCCGUCUGUGAUAUCACCUGGUCCCUCAAUGAGGGUAUCACACCCCAGCCCAUCACAACAUGUCCACGAUGAAGAAUUGGCCUGCAGAGUGAAAGAGGAGUUGAACCCAGUUCUUUCACAACUUAAUUCCAUCCAAAUGCACAUGACAAUACAGUUUCCUGAGUUGCGCUUGAUCCAGUAUGACUGCGGCAAGCUUCAGACCCUGGAUGUGUUACUAAGGCAGUUAAAGCGAGGAAAUCAUCGUGUUCUAAUCUUCACUCAGAUGACAAAAAUGUUAGAUGUCCUUGAGGCCUUCCUUAAUCACCAUGGACACCGCUACCUCCGGCUUGAUGGCACAACGCGGGUAGAACAAAGACAGGCUCUUAUGGACCGCUUCAAUGCUGACCAACGCAUCUUCUGUUUCAUCCUGUCCACACGCUCGGGUGGCAUUGGUGUAAAUUUGACGGGUGCCGACACGGUCAUUUUCUAUGACAGUGACUGGAAUCCUACCAUGGAUGCUCAAGCUCAGGACCGCUGCCAUCGGAUUGGUCAGACCAGAGAUGUCCAUAUAUAUAGGCUGAUAAGUCAGAUGACUGUGGAGGAGAACAUUCUGAAAAAGGCAAAUCAGAAACGCCUUCUUGGUGACCUAGCCAUUGAAGGUGGUAACUUCACCACUGCCUUCUUUAAAGAACAAACCAUUAAGGACCUGUUUGCCCAGCCAUCAGGCCUCCAGUUACUGGCAGAGAAGAAGCAAGUACUUGAAGAACUAGAGCCAAUCGCAGAUAGGGAAAAGGCCACCGAGGAAGGAGAACAAGAGCAAGAAACAGGAGUUAAGAAAGGACUUGCCAAACAAGAUCCUAAUCUCUUGAAUAUGUUUGAGCAGGCUCUGUGUAAAGCGGAAGACGAGACGGAUGCCAUGGCAGCAACUCUAGUUCGUGCAGAACAGAAAGCAGAGCUUGCAGAGUUUGAUGAGACAAUACCAUGGGAUGAAAGAGAAGCUGAGCGCCGCAAAGAAGAGGAGGAUGUGUCAAGAGCAGAGAUGGAGCUGGCCAUGUUGGAUAAGGAGCUGAGCCCAAUUGAGCGUUAUGCUGUGGCACUGAUGGAAGCCCAGAUGGAGGAUGAAGUUGCUGAGGAACUCAAGAUGGCUGAGGAAGACAUAGAAAACUCAAAGAAAGACUGGGAGCUGGCUCGUCUAAAAGCAUUAAAAGAAGAGGAGGAGCGACGAGCAGAACUAGAGGAUGAUGAGAUGCUCUACACUUAUCUUCGUGAUGAUGCUCAGGUCUUUGUCUCCAGUCUGGAUGGUUCAGAGAUGCCAAUUUGGGCACCACCAACCCCACCACAAGAUGACAAUGACAUUUACAUGGAUCAGACCUUGCUUUUCUUGCAUGAGCCAACAGUUAUGGCUGAAUCCCAACUUCCUCCUGUAUAUGCUCGUAAAGAUCAUAAGAAACCCAGAGUGGAGACUAUUACAACUCGUAAGCAGAAACAGAGGAAGGAAGAAGCACCUCGAGUUCCACGCUCCCUCUUUGACCGUCCCACAGCAGCAUUGUUGAAGAUGCGCAGAGAGCUUAAGAUGCAGAAACUGAAAGCAGGUCUCAUGAAACAGCCUUUCCGUCCUGCUGCCCAGAUGCCACCCUGCAAACCAGUAACAGAGCAGUCUGAGGGACAUCCGGAGUGGCUGAUACAUGAAGACUGGGCACUUUUGCAGGCUGUACAGACUUUACUCAACUUGCCACUCAACCUCACAGUUGUUUCACCUGCUCACAUCCCCAACUGGGACCUGGUGGCUGAUGUAGUCAACUCUUGCAGCCGUGUCUACCGUUCUGUCAAACAGUGCAAGGCACGCUAUGAGAAUGUCAUCAUUCCUCGCGAAGAGGGUCGAAUCUUGUAUGACGUCAGUCCUCGUAAACAGAAGAAGACCAAAGGAAUCUACAAGACUAAGAACAAUCGGCCAAUGAAGACAUCGCAGCUGUAUUCACAGGAUGGCAACAGCUCCAUCUCGUUACUCUAUUCCUUACGAUUUGACUCUGUCAAGAGCAUGGCCAGCAGGCGGCCUGCCACCAUGCGGCAGACGCUGAACAACCCAACUCUCAAGAAUCCUAAACAUGCUGCAGUCUUACAAGAUCAUAACAUAAACUACGAUCAGCCGCUCAAUGCUAUGCAGGUUGCAGCCAUUCGAGCUGAGCGCAUUGCACGGGAAAAAAAACAGGCAGCAGCAGCUGCAGCAGAGCAAGCUGCAGCACAGCGAACUCAGCAACAACAGCAGCAGCAGCAACAACAGCAGCAGCAACAGCAGCAAGGUUUAACAGGUGUUGCAGCAACAGCCCCAACUGUUGCACAAGCUGUUACUGGCCAGCAACUUCAUUCACUGGUAUCUGCACCAUCUAUUAUUCAGACAGCUGCAACACCUAAAGUAGCCAUGGGUCAGGGGCUGACUGCAGUGUCUAUUGCCAGAACACUGGCCACCACUGGGAGCAUGUUGGCGGUGACUGGAAGCAUUGCUGGUGUGCGGGGUCAGAGAGCCGUGGCUGUGCACGAAAUAACGACGGUCACAGGGAAUGUUGCUGCAGGUCAGGUCACAGCCCCGGCACAGGCCCGAGGAACCACUCUGCAGCAACCCAUUGCAUCGCCAUCAGCUAAUCUGACAGCUCAGCUAGCACCGACUCAAAAGAUGACUGCAAUGGCAAGCACGUCAGCUCUCGUACACCAGCAGCUGGUAGCAAAGGGCUUCACACCACAACAAAUUAACUUGCUGCACCCUAUCAUGCGUUCUCAGAACCCUGUUGCUGCAACCCAAGCUCAGCAGAUUCGUGCUCAGAAACUCAGUUUUACUACUCAGAAACAAGGUCUCCUUCGUAUGCCAGCUAAGGGAGCAGAAGAUGUGCAUAAGCCUCGGCUUCAACAAAAGCAUCUACAGGGCGGGCAGCAGAUCCUACAGAGCCAGGUACAGGCAGUUGGACAGCCUGGAGGCACCCCACCUGUUGCCGUUGUGAAGUCAGUUUCUGCUCCGGCAGGCACUUCCCCUGUACCCAUCCCAGUCAGCAUCAACGUGAGCAUGGGACAGAGUCAACAAAAGACUGGCCUGUCGCCACGCAGCGUGACUGUUAAUCAGUUGCAGCGCAUGCAGCUUCUACACCAGCGGAAAGGUGUACCUGUUCAGCAACACCAGAAAGUGACAGUAACCUCUCUGGCAGCUCUCACGGGCCAGACUCGAGCCCAAAUACCCCUCCUGCUGCCCCCUCAGGGAAAACUGAAUACAUUGACGGCAGCAGCUACAGAGCAGAUAAUACACCAGAUAGUUAAGCAGCAGCAGCAACAGCAACAACAGAUCAUCUCAGCACACACGUCUCAGCCAACCAUCAUCACUGCUGGUGCACAGGGCCAGACUCUAGCACCAGUGGUUGCCAAGGUAUCGCUAACUACAGUGCCUCACACAUCUCACAUCCAGACCUUGUCUGCUGCAACUGGGACACCCAUCACCGUGACACAGGUAGCACCAGCUACACCCAGUUCAUCUGGCACCAACCCAAAUGUCCACCAUGCUCCCACUGUUGCCACCAUCAAUAUGGCUGGUGUGGUACCAGUGUCUCAAACUGCAGUGGUGAAAACAGCAGCUUUAUCAACAAUGGAUGCAUCACAACAACAGUCAUCUUCAUCUUCUAAGAUAGCCACCAUCUCACAGAGCCUUGUCACACAACCUCUGCAGCUGACAUCUGCUCAGCUGUCCCAGCAGCAGACAGUACUUACACCAGGUCAGCACAGAGUCAUCAGUGCCAACACUGCAACCAUCUCUCCUUCGGCCACAGUGGUGGUUUCGUCGGUGACCUUACCACAGACUCAGCAGACAGCAUCAAGCAUAGUGCAGCCACAACAGCAGUUGACAACACCUGUUAUGACUGCGCAGGCUGUGUCUUCACCAGGUCCUGUUGCCACAGUUGUCACCCAGACACCAUCGCAGCAGCUCACAGCUCAGCAACAGCAGCAGCUGCAGAAAGCUCCUUAUGCCAUGCGCUCUCGUAACCCUCCAAAACACUGAUGUGAGGGUAUGUAAACAAAAAUUCAGAUGCAUGGGUUGAACAUGCUGCUCUUCAGCGUCUACAGAAUGUGCAGGGGGCUCCUGUUUCUUCUAUGCCUAUGGUCUAGAGCCACCCUCCAUCUCUGAAAUGCUUGCUCUUGGUUGUUGCUUAUGCAGCAGCACUGUAAACUGUAAUUCCAUGAAAGCUUCUACCAGAAAGCAAGCAUGCUUGAACAACAAUAAUGAUGACGACUGCAUUCCAGUGCAGCAGAGCAUCAGGUAUUCUUCAGAAUAGCUUCUGAAUGCUGACGCUGUUUACCAAAGGCAUUUUCAAAAUGCCAAUAAAUGACCCAUAACAUAGUGAGCAUAGGAUACAGAAUGAAAAUCUGUUUACAUAAAACUAUUUAAUAGACUCGAGGUUUUAAGAAAAAAGUGACUGCAGAAACCUAAAUUUUGAAAGGUUGCACAAGUGUUGAUGUUUCUUUUGUGUAGGGUGGCCAUUUAGGGUUGCCCAGGUGGUGUUGGUGGUUUUGUGUCACAGUGGCCACAAAGUGCAAGUGGCAAGCAGCAUCAAGAAGCACUAUUUUACUCCCACCCUCUUUUUUUUUUUUUUUUAAAGUUAAAUGUUUACAGUCUGUAGCACAUUUUUAUUUACUCAUUAAGCAGUGAUCAUUGUUGGUAGGAUUGUCCUUAUUUUUUAUCUUGGUGUGGUGUUCCCCACAAGGGUUGCUUGUGAAAGAUUUUAUACCAGACUUUCAAAGAUGUGUAACGAAAUGUCAGGAGUAGAAAAUUAUGAGACCAAGAUAGUCUGCCAGAACUGGUUGCCAUCAUAAGUAUCAGAAAAAUUCAUCAGUACUUUGAAAAGACCAAUAGUCAUAUGUGAUUUUUUGUUAGCAGAGCUAUUAUGUGGCUGCUCAACUGGUUCUGCAUGUAGCAUUUUAAAUAUCUGAACUGGAUGCGUAUUGCAUGUUGAAUACCACAAAUUGUAACACAUACAAUAGGUUUGAGACUUGAUGGUUUCACGCGGUAUAACUGCUCAGUUAAUGGUUUGUAGAAGUGCUUUUCACAAAGCUUUUCUUUCCUCAAAGAAAUACAUUUUUCUUUUGUUAUUCUGAUAGCAUUUGUAGAUAUUGUGAAUGAAAGUUUCAUAUUGCUGAGAGAUGAUGUAUCUGCUCAAUGGAAAAUAAAAGUGAUUAAAGGUGAAA